UUUACCUCUCUCGGCAUUUUCAGCAGUCAUCUGUGAAUUUGUGUGUUUGCCUGGUUGACAGAGAGGCGGUGCAGAAAUGCAGACAAUUAAUUGAACGGAUGCAUUUACGCCGAUUAAUUCGCAACGAGUGUAGAGAUUCUUUUGCCACGAUUCCCCGCGUAAAAUGUCCAAAUCAAUCCCGUUUCAAUGGACGCCGAGAAAACGAGACUUUGUGUUGGAGAAGAGAUUCUUGCGCAGCCAACGAGACGACGUGAUGGACCACCCUCUGAGGCCGUUAAUCGGACCAGUGACCGAGAGCAAAUCAAUCAGCAGGAAAGUGAGCAGCGCCGGCAGCAGCACGAACUCGUCGACGCCCGGCACGCCGCAGCCGCGCAGAAACGUGACGGCGGUGCUGGCGGACCCUCUGGGCGCGGCCCUCGACGGCACCGACCCGCUGAGCCAGUUCGCCAAAGAGGAGCUCGAUCCUCUUUCUAAAAUCGCCGUGGAGGAGGCGAAUUGGGAGCAGCCGGAGCGGCGGAAAAUCUCGGACAGUUUCGAGGACGACGUUCUGCAGGAGUGGUCGGCGAGGAAGGCGGCCAUCCUCACGCGGUUCACCACCUCCGAAAGGCUGUCCAUCAUGACCAGCUUCUUGUCCGGCGGAGAUAAAGUUGUAGCGCGGCCGCAGGCUGUCGGUCCGCCGCAAAACGCGGUCAUCGAGAAGGUGAAAAACCGGCUGGAGCAGCUGGACGAGUUCGAAGAGGGCUCGGUGAAGGAGGAGGGCGACCUGACGCAAGGCGAGUACGUCGCCAGGAUAGAACAACUCAAUUCCGAGCUGAAACAGGCCUGGAAUACGGACCAAAGGGUUAAAGCCUUGAAAAUCGCCAUUCAGUGCUCAAAAUUGCUUGCCGACACGAACGUGACCCAGUUUUACCCGAGCAAAUUUGUCCUCAUCACGGACAUUCUGGACAUUUUCGGACAGCUCGUUCACGACAGGUUGAGAUCCAAGGCUGAAGGGAACAGAGUGAGGGGCAAGCUGCCGGUCGAUUUCACGCCCGACAUGGUUCCCGAGGCAGCCAAAGAGACGUGCCGCAAUUGGUUCUUCAAAAUCGCCUCAAUUAGAGAAUUGGUGCCCAGAUUCUACGUCGAAAUAGCCAUCCUCAGAUCCUACAGUUUCCUCACAUCCAGCGAAUUCACUCAAGCGCUUCUGCGGCUGACACGAAUGAUCCGCGGAAUCGGCGAUCCUUUGGUCGCGGCCUACGCCAGGUGCUACCUGUGCAGGGUGGGUCUGUCCAUCACCAGGGACCGCUCCUUCAUCCACGAGAACCUCUACGACUUCCUCGCCGCGCACAAACAACUGUACAGCAGAAGCGUCAGGGCGGAGCUGCUGAGGCAGAAGGUGGACCUGGGCAGCUACCUCACCCUCUACACGCCGGCCCUCGACUGGAUUUUGCAGCUGGCCGCCCACCCUGGCACCGAGCAGCAGUUGCUCGACGUUCUCACCAUUUGCAAAAAUCUCAAUGUCAAGAGUGGUUUGGUGCUCAACUCUGUGAUGGUUGGCUUCAAGGCCGUGUACAUCGCGGCCAGGGCAACGCAUUUUGUAGAUUUAAUUACCGCCUGUGAUGAUGACGGAUUUCCUCAGUACAUCCUGUUCCGGACGCUUGGGCUGUGCGUGGUGGCGGCCGAGCCGCCGCGGGAGCAGCACCACGCGCUGCUCAACGUCGUCUGGAAGGUGGUCAGCCGCCUCUCGGACGUCGGCCACUACGCUGCCUGCGCCGAGGUCUGGAUCGAGUUCGCCGCCAAAUAUUUCGGGAAAAACGAGGUGAAUGCGAUUCUGCACGACAUGAUCCGCCACCUGACGCCAAACAGAGCUUACGAGCAGCAUUACCCGCAGCUGCAGUCCGUUGUCAGCAUCCUCCUCAGAAACACGCAGGACCCGGAAAUCCUGUUUGGAAUGGACAAAUUUCUGACGUUCAUCGACAUGUUCCAAAAAGAAGUGGUGAAAGUGGAGGUGUGCAAGCUGAUAAUGGAGGCGUACUGCAGACAGAAGCAGGACGCGGUGCGCGAUCCGGUCGUCAUCAACGGCGUCAUGUUCCUCUGCAGGGUCCUCCACGACUCCGUCAACGCGAUGACGGUGGACGACGAGAAGCGGCAAAUUGCUCAACUCAUCUGCGGAUUUUUAAAAUCGGUCGAUUUCGGCAGAGAUUUCGAGCAGCAGCUCGGCUUUUACGUUGACGCCAGGGCUGCGUUUACCAAUCUCGACUACAUCCACCUCCAACUCGUCCAGAGUGUGAAUCGGCUGGCCGUGGAGACGAGGAAGAUCGUGGGCGGGCACCACACGCGGAAAACGGCGUCGUUCGUGCGCGCGUGCGCGGCCUACUGCUUCAUCAGCGUGCCUUCCAUCUCGAGUGUGAUAUUCCGUCUGCAACUGUACCUGCUCUCCGGACAGGUGGCGCUUUCCAACCAGUGCCUGGGCCAAGCUGACGCGUGCUUCAAGGCUGCGCUGAAUCUGAUUCCGGACUUUCCGAAAACGAUCGAGGUGGACGGCAAGCCGAAGAGCUCCGACUUUUUCCUCGCCACAUAUCUGUCUAAUUUUAUGUCCACGUUGCUAAUUGUGCCAGAUCCGCCAGAGCAAGGUGUUCUGUUCCUCACGAGAGGGCUGCUCAACUGCAUCAAAAAUCGCCAGUGGGACGCUGCAUUUUCCAAAACGAAUCUCUACUUGCAAGUUCUUUGCCUCUUGGCUGCCUCGGCUCAGGAAUCCUAUCCUUACCACAUCGAAAAAGUUGACUCGAACGACGCUCUGUACGGCUCGGACCCAAAGUUCAUUGCCGAGGUGAACCGCUUGGGCGGCGUCGUGGUCGAAGAGAUUUUCACGCAACUGCGCGCAUUCGACGACACCACAACCCACGACAAACAAGCUAGUCUCUCGUUAGAGCUUUUAAACCGACUCGUCAGCCUCGCGGACCUGAGCCAGCCUUCGUCGUUCAAGUACGCAGGAAAACUGUGGGAUUUGUGCCACAGGCACGGAAAACAGGAUAGCAAAGUCGUCGAGAGGACGGUUUGGUAUUUGCAGCAGAGGGCUGCCUUGCCAGGCGGAGAAAAGUGCAAAGAACUGCUGGCGCGAAUCCAGCAGCCGAGUUGACUACUCUCGUCGGCGUCGGACCAAUGAACUAAAGUCAAGUGCCAUUCAUUCCAUCGUUAUUUUGGCGACCAAUUUUCGUUAAUCACCAAAACGCAAUAAGCCUAGCUAUUUUUGUAGGUGUCUCAUUACUCGUGUUUUAUUUCAUUCAGCGCUCCAUUGUUAAUAUUUUAUUAUUGUCCACAAAUAAAUUUAUGGCUGUACUCAUUUUCAA